AUGACACAGGACGAACCCACCACCAACCACGACCAUGAUACUUCCCUGCCCUCACGGGGAGUGAACCUCGCAACCCACGGAAACACCUUCCCCUUCGACGCCUCUGCCCAAGAAGCCCGGAAACUGAAGAUAGCCCAACGUCAACAAGCCGCCCCACUCAAACCACCCGUCAACCCUCGCCACCUCGACGAGUUCACUGUUCGGCACAAGGGACAGCCGUGUCCUGUUGAUCGUAUAUGUAUCUCUGAUCACCACCAUCCCUACCCCCAAGAGCAGGGCGAGAAGGAUCGUGAUGACCAUAAAACAUCACCACAGGAACCGACCUCAUCAGACCCACCCAAGAAAUCGCCCACCAAGCGACUCAAAGAACCGGUCUCUAUCCGCCCAAAAAGCCUCAAAAACUUCCUCACAGACGGCCUAUGCCUCUACAUCUCGAACCUCAAGAACCCAGACCAGAUCCCCGGGACGGAUUGGUUCAGUCGUCUCUAUGCGAUGGUGUUAUUGCCGGUGCUGGUUGUUAGUAUGGCGAUUGUUCAGGGCGGGAUUGGGUUGUUGGUGGUUCUUGUGAAUUAUACGGAGGUUGGGAAGAAGGCCUAUAAGCAGUUUUUCAAUAAUGAGAUUGCGCUCUUUGAUGAUUAUGAUUACAUCGACCCUGAAGGAACAGACGAAGCGAUCCGCCAACUUGCUUCCCGGACGCCUCACCCAAAAACUCGCUUUUCCUACAACAUCGCUAACCUCCUCCUCAUCAUGUCCUCUAUGGCAUACCAGCGCGACGAAAAACUUGUCGCUGAGGCCUCCAAACUACUCCUCAACCUCACCACCGACAAACAACGCGACCUUGCGGCGCAGCUCUUACAGGACUCGGAGAAGGAUAUCGAUGAAAAGUCAUCGAGGGAGUUUGGGAUGCGGUUUAUGGGGAUUAGUGAGUUGAAGACUUUGGGGGGUCCUUUUGCAGGAUUGUUUUAUGAUGAUGAUUCGAUUGUGUUGGUUUUUAAGGGAACUUCUGUCCUUGCUUUCAACGAGUACCUAAUCGAUGUCACCAUCCAAAGAGUCGACGCCAGCGAAUACCUCUACGGCGAGGUCCACAAGGGCUUCUACGAAUGUCUCUUCCCCGAUGCAAAGCCGGAGAUGUAUAACAACCAGACCUAUGACCGUACCAACCCCUUUAAUACCAUCAUGGAGACUAUCUUUGAAGUCGCCAAGGCUGCCAAGGAAAGGACGGGGAAGCCGGUGAAUUUGUGGUUGACGGGACAUAGUUUGGGUGGGGCGUUGGCGGCGUUGGUUAUGGCGAGAUUACAGAUGCCGUUGCAAGGGGAUGAUCCGCUUUUGAGGAAGGCGGAUGACGAAGGGGAGGAUGAGUAUGAUGAGCGGGGACAUCGGGUGCACAAGUCGAGGAUGGCGUCUGCGGAUGCUGAUGGUGCUUAUGGUACUGAAGGGGAUGACGGGAAGAGGACGGUGCUGGCCGGGAUGUUGGCCAAGUACAGUGAUGAUCCGGAACUGAUUGUCCUGAGGGAUUGUUAUAGCGUUGCGAGUCCCAAGAUUGGCGAUUCGACGUUCGCGAAUGAGUUUGCGAAGCACCAAUUGGACUUUUGUCAAGCCAGUCCCUACAAGUCUGUUUACUGGCGUGUUGUUGCAAACGAGGAUAUCAUUCCCCGUAUCCCACCAGCAAUAAGUGUCGGCCCCACCUCUGACCGCAAAUUCCCCCCACCCUGCAUCCACUGCUUCAAAACGCCCCAAGAAUGGCUCAUGGAAGAACAGGACGAAGACCAACAACAGGGCGUCCAUCCCGGUUCCCACACCGUCAAAGAACUACCCCCCAAACACCUCCACUCCCUGCUGGAUUAUCAGCAUGUCGGACAGUUGGUGAAGGUCUUCAAUGCGAAGCGCGUGCCUGUAGUGAGACCGUCAGUGUUUGAAGCAGAUCUAUCGCAGGGUGUGUUGAGGACGAAGGAGGAGAUGUUGGUGUUGUUGAACAAGUUGGGCAAGGUUGCGGAGGUUUGGAGGUCACAGAGUGAACAGGCCAGGGUUGAGUAUGAGAGGACGCAUCCUGGAGGAGUCAUCGCACCAUCGGACCAGAACCAGGAGCAGCAGCAGAAGAGCAAGAAGGGCAAACUCAAUACUCCUACCGACCUGGACGCCGAAGCAACAAUCGUCCUGGAACGCAUAAAGGCCGCCCAACAGAUAACUGACGACGUCGCAAAAGCCCAAGAACUCUACGACAUUGACGAACUCUCUCGACUCCGUCAACCUGGUCUCCUUGAGUCUUUAAUCCUCAUGGUCCCAAGUCUGUUGUCGCAUGCACCCGCUACGUAUCAGAGGGAUUUGGUGAGGGGGCGGUUUUAUUUCAAGAGUUUUCCUGGAGUGCUGUUUGAGACGCGGGUUCUGGGGUGGUUGGAUGAGGCUGAGAAGGAGAGGGAGGUGGAAGAGUUGAGAAUUCGGGCGGGGGAUUCUGGACAUGUUUCAGGGGAUGAUGAUGGUGAGGUUGUGGAGGGUGGAGUUGCCACGGGCCAGUUGGUGGAUAUCUAG